GAUCACACGCCUCCAAGUCAAAGCUCUUAGAGCUAAGGCGGACGUUGCUGGUAGUAAGUUUAGUACAUAUGAACUGCUGGUGGCGCAUGUAUGGCGUUGUGCUUGCUUCGCAAAUGAAGAUUUAAGAGAAGAACACUUGACGAGGCUGCAUAUAUAAUAUUGAUGGGAGGUCAAGACUAGAACCGAAGCUUCCACAAGGAUACAUUGGGAACACUCUCUUCCACGCUCGUCCCAUAUCCCUACUUGGUGAGUUUCGCAGAGAGCCUUUCACCACAACUGUGAAGAGAGUUCAUGAAGAGAUAAAGAAAAUAGACAACACGUACUUGAGAUCCGCUAUUGACUCCUUAGAGAAACAUCCUGAUCUUGACCAGUUGGUCCCUGGUGAAGGCAAUCCGAUCUUCAGCUGUGCAGCGAACUUCUGCAUCGUUGGUCUACCCAAGGAUACUGCUUAUGAGUUGGAUUUCGGGUGGGACAUUUUCCCAUGCAAUCAUAGAUAUGAGUUUAGACGAAGAAGGAAGCUUUAUUGUGUUUAUGUGCUUAAAGAAGACUCAGCUUGAAAACUCAGCUUGGUUCAUGCCGCCAAAUCUCAAGUUUAAUUGAUCUUUAUAGUAAAUCACAUGUAAGGGUCAAUGAUUAUUAAGCAGUACAAACAUAUGUGAAAGUGGUCUUAUACUGGUCACACAAAUGGAGGCUGAGGCCAAACGAGCAUAUGCGAGUAUUUGGGUGGAUAACGAUGGGUUUAUAGCAGAAGGUCCAAACAAGAAUGUGGCGUUUGUUGUUAAUGGUGGUAAGGAGCUUGUGAUGCCAAGGUUUGAUAACGUCUUGAGUUGAUGUACGGCGAAGAGAACGCUUACGCUCGCGGAACAGCUUGUAAGCAAGGGGAUGCUCAAAAGUGUGAAAGUUAUGGAUAUGACAGUUGAAGAUGGAAAGAAGGCUGAUGAGGUGGUGCUGCUUGGGAGCGGAGUUCUCGUCAAACCUGUUGAUUCAGUGGGAUGAAGAAGUUAUUGCUGAUGGAAAAGAAGGUCUUAUAGCCAGCCAAAGGCGUUACUGGAUCUGUUGCUGGAAGAUAUGAGCUCUGGUCCACCCUCCGUUCGUGUGCUUGUUCCUUACUGAGCCAAACCAUUCUCUUUGUUCACCAAAGACGAUCAACUUUGAGUUUCUUUUUUAGUUGCGCUCUGUUAUUGCAAGUUGAAGUUUUAUCCAGAUGUAUCCUGACACAAUUCUAUGUAUAUCUAUAGACUAUAGUUGUAAAGGUUCACUUCUAAGUGGGGCCCAGUUCCGACAUGUGUGCUGUGUUAGUUGCGUCUACUCCUCAACACUUUAUAUUCUUUUUUUUUUUUUGUCUUUCCAAAAGGACCAAAACUUAGGUGGUGAAAAAAGUGGAGCCUUGGAUCAGAUGAAGAUUGAGGUGAAGCAAGCUAGGAUCGUAAAGCCAGCUGAAGAAACACCUGUAGACAGUCUAUGGCUUUCCAAUUUGGACCUGAUACAGGUGAGGUUUCACAUGGGCAUCCUCUACUUUUACAACCCUUGUUCCUCCUCCAAUAUUCCCAACACUCCAUCCCUCAUUGAUGCUCUGAGCAAGGUGCUUGUCCUCUUCUACCCUGCCGCUGGGAGGCUACAAAAGGAUAAGAAUGGGAGGUUGGAGGUUCUAUGCAAUGGAGAAGGAGUGUUGCUUGUGGAGGCUGAGUCUGAUUCUACUCUACAAGACAUUGGCUUACUCAAUCAAAGUUUGGAUCUCUCUCAACUUAUGCCUACUCUUGACUACUCAGGAGACAUCUCCUCUUUACCUCUUAUACUCCUUCAGGUUACAUACUUCAAAUGUGGAGCCAUCUGUAUUGGAAACUCAAUACACCAUUCGUUCGGAGACGCUGGCUCUCUUGUAUGUUUCAUGGAAGCAUGGUCCAGAACUGCUAGGGGACUUCCGGUUAAGAUAACUCCUUUCUUCGACCGCACGGUUCUCCGUGCACGAGACCCUCCCUCCCCUGUGUUUCCACACACUGAAUACCAACCACCUCCUGUCCACAACCCACCAGUGAAAUCCCUCGCUUACAGAUCAAAUCCUGACUCUGAUUCUGGAGUUGCCAGUCUCAAGCUCACACGUCUCCAAGUGAAAGCUCUUAGAGCCAAGGCAGAGGUUGCUGAUAGUAAGUUUAGUACAUAUGAGCUUGUGGUGGCUCAUAUCUGGCGUUGUGCUUGCUUUUCAAAUGAAGAUUUAGGAGAAGAGCACUUGACGAGGCUGCAUAUAAUAAUUGAUGGGAGGUCAAGACUAGAACCGAAGCUUCCACAAGGAUACAUUGGGAACACUCUCUUCCACGCUCGUCCCAUAUCCCUACUGGGUGAGUUUCGUAGAGAGCCUUUCAGCACAACAGUGAAGAGAGUUCAUGGAGAGAUAAAGAAAAUGGACAACACGUACUUGAGAUCAGCUAUUGACUCCUUAGAGAAACAUCCUGAUCUUGACCAGUUGGUUCCUGGUGAAGGGAAUCCGAUCUUCAGCUGUGCAGCGAACUUCUGCAUCGUUGGUUUACUCAAGCAGACUAUUUACGAAUUGGAUUUCGGAUGGGGAAGGCCUUUCUUCAAGAGAACUACACAUCUGAAUGAAGGGAAAGGUUUUGUGGGUUUGAGUUUAGACGAAGAAGGAAGCUUUAUUGUGUUCAUGUGCUUAAAGAAGACUCAGCUUGGUAACUUUCAGAAGCUCUUCUAUGAGUUUCUCAAUGUGUCUGCGCUGUGAGAAUACCAAACUUUUCAUCUCA